UCAACGGGUUCCAUAAACAACCCACAUGAUCAGUCGAUGGUCGUCUCAUCCCAAUCAGGUCCAUGGUGGUUCCCGGCUACUACAACCACAACUAAUCAAAACGCUGCGUUUUGUUUCAGUUCAAGUAAUACUACUCCAACAGUUUCAGACCAGAUCGUAUCUUUAAUCUCUUCGAUGUCCACGUCAUCAUCUCCGACACCAAUGACUUCAAACUUCAAUCCUGCUCCAAACAACUGGGAACAACAACUCAACUACUGCAACACAGUUCCAUCUCAGAGCAACAGUAUCUACAGUGCCUUCUUUGGUAAUCAUUACACAGAAGCUAGCCAAGUCAUGAACACUAACAAUAAUAAUAAUCCAGUGGUGGAUCAUCAUCAUCAAGACAUGAAGUCAUGGGCAUCAGAGAUUUUUCAUUACACAGAACAAAACCAAAGCUCGGAAACUGGUUUAGAAGCAGAAGUGAAGCCAGACAUAGCCAAGUACUACUGGAGAUCAGCAUCAUCAUCGUCGUCACCAAACCAAGAAGCUGCAACAUUGCUGCAUGAUGCUGACGUUGAGGUGUACGGUAAGAAUCUACAAAAACUU